CCUGAUCUCCUCGGAACGUUGAAGUCAUUGCGUUCCCUGAAGAGGAUUUACAAAGGCGACGUAGGAACUGAUCGGGCCGGGCUUUGCCUGUGAUAGCCCCCCCAUCAACACGCUCUCUCGAUGCUUGUCACAAUGGCCACCUUCUGGGGCGGCUUCCGGACAUCUGAGGCGGCACCGAGCCGGGCAUGGCCCAGGAUCCGGCUGGCCAGCGUGGCGGCGCUGUGGCUGCUGCUGCUGCUGCUGGGGGCGCCGGCAAGAGCCGACUGCGAAUGCGGCUACGCGGCGAGGGUCGGCAACGACACGGAGCCGCAGCUGUUCACGGACCUCCUGGAGACGGACUUUUCGCGCGUGGGCGACAUGUCGCUCGUCAGCACGGACUGGACGAGGCAGGCCUUCAACGUGACGCGCGAGCGGGCGCGCGGGCGGCACGGCGAGAUGUUUGCCGUCGCCAACGCGAGGGCCAACCCGGACCGGGACCCGGCCGCCCGGACCGGCGUCGGGCUCAACGGCGGGCGGGCGGCGGGCCUCGAGCUGGUGGUGGGGAGCGCGCGGGUGGACGGCAUGGUGCCCGUCGCCGAGGUCGACUCGGCGAGGAUGGACCUGCUCUGGGGCACCUACCGGGUGGGCAUGAAGCUGACGGGCGUGCCCGGCACGUGCGCCGCGUUUUUCUGGUACCACAACGACACGCAAGAGAUCGACAUGGAGUUCCUGACGAGGGAGUUCAACGCGAGCAGCGGCACCUUCCCCGUCAACCUCGUGCUGCAGUCGCGGGCGGCGGUCGAGGCUGGGUACGACGCGCAGGCGACGGGCAACUUCCGCAAGGUGAACCUCCCGUUCGACCCGACGGCCGACUUCCACGAGUAUCGCAUCGACUUUCUGGAGGGCAGGGUCGUCUUCUACGCCGACGGGCAGGUGCUGGCCGAGAUGGGCGGGGCGGCGGUGCCGGACCGCGGCGGGCACCUGAUCCUGCAGCACUGGAGUAACGGGAACCCGCUGUGGUCCGGGGGCCCGCCGCCGCGCGACGCCGUCCUGACCGUCAGCUACGUCCGGGCCUACUUCAACUCGUCGGCGCCGGCGCCGGCGCGGCAGGGCGACCGGGCUGGCAGGUGCGCCGAUGUUGGCGCGCCGGGGGCCGUCUGUCAGAUCCCCAGCGCGCCAGACGUCAGGAAUCCGGUAUUCUUCACCGCCGUGGGCAACAUGACCAACAACCAGACCGUGUCGGGCGACCCGGGGCCGGCGGGCGGCCAGUCGGGCUCGCCGAGGGUGGUGUCGAGCGUGGGUCUCGUCGUCGUCGUCGCGGCCUCGGCGCUGGCAGUCCUGGGGCUCUGAUGAGACCAAGUGUCGCAGGAGGGAUAGG